AUGGUAACUCGAGCCAAGGAACGGUGUCUUUAUUUGAGCAGAAGUGAAGCUAGCAGAGCAGACCGAAGGGAGAUAUCUUGCUAUAAUGUCCUUGUGGAGAAACAGGCUGGUUGUGAGGAGAAAGAGGAUGAUGAUGCUGACGAGGAAACUCGAGAUUGCAUCAUAUGUUUGACCCCAUGGCGAGUCUGCUUCAAAAACAACCGUCAAACGAGGCAAGAUAACAUAACAGCAAUUGAAGAUGAGAGUAUCAGAGUCAAAAAUGAAAGUGUACAGCAAGAACUGAACAAAUCAUUAAACGCAGAUUUUCAAACACGCUACCAUCACUGCCAUGAGGAUGUGUUGAAGGUUUUGGGUGAAUAUUGCCGGCAGAUUUUCAGUUCCAACAUGAGCGAACUGGGAGAGGAGAACUGGUGUAAUAUGGAGAUGGUGAUAAGACACUACAACAAGUUAGAUCAGUGUAUGGACUUCGUUUCCACUGAGUUAGAUUGUUUCUACCCUAAUCGUGUGACGGAGCAGCUGUUUGUGAGGAUACACCAGCAGUACUUCAGCCAUUGCAGCAAUGAAGAGGAUUUAUCCGACGCCCCGGCUGGAGUUGUGCUCGUAUCCACACUGCUGCCCAUCCUCCUCCUGCCCUUCAUAGUGUACAUAGUGGUCUGGAAGAGUAGUUUAAGGGACUGACUGCUUUUGCAUUAUCCUGGAGCUUGAAUGAGUUGAAGUGAUUAAAAACUCUGUCAUUAUUUACUCAAACCUGUAUGACUUUCAGUCUUCUAAAGAAGAAAUUUUGAAGUUGUUGUUUUGAUGUUCUUCGAAAUAUCUUCUGUUUUACAGAACAAUGAAAAGAAUUGGAACGAAAUGAAGGUGAGUAGGUGAUGACCCAGUUUUUAUUGUUUGAGUGAACAAUUGCUUUGAAUGUAUAAAGUUCAUGUGGUUCAUGAUGUAAUUAUUGUAAAUAAAUAAAUACACGCAGUGGGUGUGUGAUUUUUCUACACA